CUUCAAAUCUACUGUACAAUUCAAUCUCCUUCAUUGGUCUGCGAUACGAUAGAAAGCACCAAAAGCAGCCAAAGGUGCAUCACCAGCCGUAAAUGAAAACCGCAAUUUCCGGAUCCAAAUAGAUUACAAUGGUUGGCUACGACGACGAUGACAACAAGAACUCUUCCCUUCGCGAGAAAGCACACGAGGAUGAGUUCGAACGWAUGAAAAGGGAAGAAUUMYCGGAUUCSAAUGACGCUGUGAGCGGAAUUGUCGGCAAUGGCGGUGGCUUGCUGACUGCGAGYGGCAAAAGYGUCGGGACCAUGACCGAAUUGCGUCAAAAAGUCCUCCGUGACAUGACCUUCCUCGGCGGAUCGUCUUCUGCAAAGGGCAACCGAGACGAUUUCUUCUUUUUCAAUUCGGCCCUGGAAUGGAAGCCGAACGUGCCGCUGCGGGUACCCAUGGUCUACUGUGAUUUCACAGCGUCGCAUCGCCCCCUCCAAAGCAUCGAGGACUACAUCCGCCACACGUGCCUGCCGUUCUACGGGAACACCCACACCAAUACRUCCGUGACCGGCGGGCAAUCGUCGGCCUUUGUGUCGGAAGCAAGGCAGAUAAUAGCGGAGGUCUGCAACGCAAAAAUCACGGGGAAGGCUUCCCAGGACGUUGUCUUGUUUGCCGGAAACGGGACGACCGCGGCCGUGCGACUGCUCAUCGAUUGCCUCGGGCUCAAGCACUUCUGCAGCAGCAACACCGCAACCACAAACGGCRGCACUUCGACUACGCGUGGGAAAAAGCCACUGAUCGUCCUGGGACCCUUCGAACACCACUCGAAUUUGCUGCCCUGGAGGGAACUCGGCGCGGACAAGUUUUCGAUCGAGACGGCAAGGCUCACACGAGAUGGCUCCGCUGUGGACAUGGCCGACCUCGAGCGGAUUCUUGUCUCGCACCGCAGGGACAACCCGGAUUGUCCCUUUAUGAUUGGGUCGUUUUCRGCCGCAUCAAACGUAACGGGCACGGUCGUCGACGACAUUGCCAUCACGAGGCUGCUGCACAAGCAUGGUGCCUUGUCCUUUUGGGACUACGCGACCGGUGCUUCCUACCUAAACGUCAACAUGAAUCCGACUUCGUCCAACGACAAGGCGGCCGACAUCGCGAAAGAUGCACUGUUUUUCAGCGGGCAUAAAUUGCUGGGCGGAGGUGGGGGAACCCCGGGGGUGUUGAUCGYCAAGAAACGCCUGGUCUCGUCGUUGAACCCACCCGGUCAGGCAUGCGGGGGCGGAACCGUCUUUUACGUCACCAAAGACCGCCAUCGGUUCUUGUCCGACCGAAUCGAACGGUACGAGGGYGGCACCCCGAACGUCGUCGGGAUUUGGAGGCUCGGCUUGGUGUGGCGGCUUAAAUUGUCGCUCAAAAUUGCUGCGGGAAAAAUCCUCUCUUCGGAUCGCAAACCGGAUGAAACCGGCAACAAGGACGCAAUGAUGMAAGAGGACGUAUCGUCGUUGCUCUUGCAUUAUGACUUGAAUCGGGCAGAAAGCAUCCAGGAACGCCUCAAGGAGAUUCCAAAUCUCGUGCUUCUGGAUGGGAAGUUCUCGUCGAAUGUUCCAAAACUUCCAAUUUAUUCGUUCCUGGUUCGAUGCGGAAGCAGGUUUCUACACUACAACUAUGUCUGUGCCCUCCUGAACGACGUCUUUGGUAUCCAAUCGAGAGGUGGGUGCCAGUGUGCCGGACCGUACUCCCAGUAUUUGUUAGGAAUGAACAGCAGUGGAAAGAGCGGUAACGAUUGUGAUGGGGUUUGCGGAAGCAACGAGGCGGUGGAAGAUUGGCUUGUCCAUACAAAGGACGAAUUGAUGCGACCRGGUGCCACCCGACUGAGCCUCCCAAGCAUGGGAACAACUCUCGAACAGGAAGAGUACGUCAUYGAAGCCAUCCGAUGGGUGGCGACCCACGGGUGGAAACUUCUCCACGUCUACCGAUGCAACCACAGAAGCGGGGAAUGGAGGCACAAAUCACGCCAGAGUUCGCCACUGGGGACGAACGAGCGUCGUUGGUUGUCUCACUACCGGCUAAAAGACAACGCACAAAAAGAGGCAGRAAAUGUUGGUGACAGUACACACGAUUCGAAGGAUGUUGGUUCGUCAUUGAAUAAUGCGUUGAAAAACGCAAACGAAAUGUUGCUUCUCGUGACGAAUGAUCAGUCGAGUAUUUCACAGGCAUUGAAGAUGGUCGAAGAGGAAGAAUCGCCGUCGUCAUUGCGCUGGUAUGUCUAUCCUAAGGUGAGUGAUGUCCAUUGAAUUCUUUGAACACGUAAAUAUUUUCAUUGUUUGCUACGUAUAGUAUCUAAGGGGUCGAAUAUUCUUUUUCACAGGAUGUUGCACGAUACAUCAACGAGUCUCUGGAGGAGGUACCAGGCACGGAGGAUCCUUCUAAUAUUCAAGGGGCAUUGCGACCGAUUGCUUUAGGUACGGACAUCAUCGGUACAACUGAGUUCGAAGAAAAAAAAAUCGAUGGAGACGAUACAUUUACUACGGUUACGGUUGAGAACGAUAAAAAUCAUAGCUCUGGAAUGCUCAACUUCCGGGACGGCGAACACAGCGGGGAAGCAAYAUUGGAAGAGAUUAUCGAGGGCCAUGAUGACGGAGAGCUCUCUGAUCAUUGCCAAAUUUAUGACCUGGCAAGCGAUUCUUGGCUAAGAAUCGACUCAUUUCUCGAGAAAGAAAAUUAUAAUGGCGACAACGACGAUGAUGGCUCUGCCGAACCUAAGGAUCCAAWAUGYGAGGAAGAAUCCAUGCUGGAACCCACACCCAAGGCAAUGCCAUCGAUCGAAAUAGAACCAAACGAUGAUUUUCAAUAUAUCGCCAAAAAUGACCAAAARAAGCCAAAAAGAGACGAAACUGCUUGGGGGAAGGGGCAUGUUCAGCCCCUCACAACCAAUGCAGAAGGAAACGAGAAUGCAGAAACARAGAAAACAACUUCUCGACGGAAGAAAUCGAAGCACACGAAGCCGCCUGCAAAGCUGAUGCGCCUUUGUACUCAGGCAAUGAUCCAGUGGGAUAUGUUAGAAGAUGGCGAUCGCUUAAUGCUUGGCCUUUCUGGUGGAAAAGAUUCUAUGAGCCUUUUGCAUGUUCUACUGGAAUUCCAAAAAAAGCUUCCGAUCCGAUUCGAAAUUGAGGUCAGUUCAAAAAUUGUCUGUUGAUUCCAAACUUUAGCUUUGUCARUAGUAGAAGCACCAGCUCACACUGGCGUUGAUCAACGUAUUCUCCAGGUUUGUACGAUAGAUCCGAUGACCCCAUCCUUCGGUAAGUUUUGCACAUCGAUUUCAUUCGUAGGGGAUUACUUGCAAGAUUCAAUUCGUUGACCACGUCUCUAAUCUUUUUGCUACUGCUUCUUCUUCUUUUAGACCCUUCCCCCCUUAUUCCAUACGUAGAAUCUCUUGGUUUAAAAUAUCACUACAUUCGGGAUGAUAUAGGUAAGAAAUUCAUGAGUUGAAAUUUGCGCCCUUCGAAGAUUUAAUCUAACGYAUUUCUUUUCAUUUCUUUCUAGUCGAACGUGCUGCAAGUGCAGGGAAGGAYGGAACGCUAGUGUCCUCUCUGUGUGCCUUCUGUGCUCGAAUGAAACGAGGAAACUUGUACAGCUGCGCGCGGAGAAACAAUUGCAACAAACUUGUYCUUGCACAACAUCUAGAUGAUUUGGCAGAAUCCUUUAUGAUGAGUGUAAUGCACAAUGGCUUUCUUCGCACCAUGAAAGCAAACUAUAAGAUUAAUGCUGGGGACCUAUCUGUAAUUCGACCACUGGCGUAUUGUAGAGAAUCUCUGAUGACUGAAUUCGCGAAAUCUGCAAAUUUUCCAAUCAUCAAUGAAAAUUGCCCUGCGUGCUUCGAAGAACCAAAGGAAAGAGCCCGUAUGAAAAAGCUUUUGUCCAAAGAGGAAACGCUUUAUCCAAGCUUUUACGACAACAUAAAACGUGCCAUGCUUCCUCUCAUGCAUGAUGAUUCUACAGCAAUCAUGCGUUCAUACACAGAAGAAGCAAUCGCAAAAUCGCGUAAGGGGGUGAAGAAAAAACCAUCUGAUUACCAAAAGAAAGGCGACGGUGCAGUUGCAAAAUCUGAAGCCAAUGUUAAUGAAUCAACGAGCCUGGAAAAAGCAAGUGAAGAAAUGUUGAUCCGAGAAUUAGCACGCAGAAGAGCAGACAAGUUCAGGCUAGCCGGUUCAAUGCCAUCGCAUACACCUGAAGGUCCAGCAGAUCCUACGGGACAAGUAUGUACUCUAAAUGGAGGGAAUGGUACGAUACCCUGCCGUGAAUUAAUGGAAUAGUKUACUGUCUAAAAUGUUAAAAAGGAGAGAUAUAUUGAAGAUUAUCGAAAAAAAUAAAAUAAUAAAUCAUGG